GUAGAAAUGACAACAAAAGUGACAAACUUCAAGCAAUGACAAGUUCACUGUUUUGAAGUGCUAUUGAAUAUACUAUUUAAUUUAACCGUUUAUAUUUAAAUGGCUAUAGUUAGUAUUUAUAAAUAGUAAAAAUGUCCGAGUUUCAUAAUCUUUUAUAUGGCACUACACGUAUUCGGAAAACAAUUCCAGUUCCAGAAUUGUCAAUUAGUGAAAAUGUGGAAAACAAUUUUUUACGUGAUUUUAAAAUUGACAAGAUGCGAAGGAGAAAACUUAAAAAACUGAAGCAAGAGGAAGCUGAUUUAAAAUUGAGAGCUCUAAGAGAAGAACUUUUGCAAAAUGAACAAAUUAAAGCACUAGAUUAUAAAUAUUAUAUUCCACGAUCUCAGGAAUAUUAUAUUUUAAAAAUGAAGGAAUUAGCGAACGAUACAAGUGGACUCCUACCGGAAUGGGAGGAAAAUAUCAAGAGACAACUACCAAAGGACUUGAAAAUAAAAUUUAAAAAAGUUUUCGAUAAUGUGAUGAAUGAAACACGAGAGCACUAUGUUGAAAUAUUGCAUGAAUUUGGAAUACGACAAGUUACAGCAGAAGAGGAUGAAGACAGAGGAUUUGAUGUACCAGUAGAUUUACCAUACAAAUUCCCUGGACAUACUGAAUAUCGAAUUGAAUUCUUGAGAAACCGAAGCAUAAUAGAGAAGAAGUAUUUUCUCUCUCAUAAAUUAAUCAGAAAUAUUGUGUUCAAAACGAAAAUUUUACAAAACUGGAUGUUGGAUUUUCGUAAAUAUCGAACUAAAGGUUUUAUGGAAUUGACACGAUUGCAGGAUUUAGUUGAGGAAGAUUUAAGAAAAGGUGAUUUAAUUGUAGCGAAUUCCUACUAUAAUAGUAUUGUUACACUAAUUUCACAACCAAGGUAUUUACACGAAAUUUCCUCGAAUUUAUUACCGUCAUUUUUGAAGUGUGCUUCCAGACUCCUGGCACUUCAAAUUAAUCGGCAAAUGAUGAAUACCAUUGAACAUUUACUCGAAGUAGUCAACGAUGCACUAACCAUUCCAGUGUUAAACGUAAAACUAAAGUGCGAAAAUAAUCAACUAUUCACUUCGCCGUCAAUAACCGAAAUUUAUUCGGCAUUUCAUUCUUUUAUUGACAACAUUGCAAAAACGGCUCGAUAUUUGCCAUCAUUGGAGACGUGGGUGAAUGAAAGAACUUCGAAUAAUUUCAUUCCAGUCACAUUGCCCGAAUGGUAUUUGCAACAAGUGCAUCAACUUCUCGAAGAGAAUUUGAAAACUGCCUAUCGUUCUUUAAAUGAUUACAUUGAGGAUCUUCGACAUCAGUUUAGUUUCAUUUGCAGUUCGGAAACUCAUCAAGAGAUUAUAAAUUACGUCGCAGAUGGUCAUGAUUUUAUCACCUACGUGGAUAAAGUGGAAGAGUUUAAGAGCUUCUUUAUGGAAAUUAAUAAAAUUACUAGGUUCGAAUACUUUUUAGUUGCAAAACUUCAUCAAGACGAUGCAAAAUUAGGUUUGAAACAUUAUGCAGAGGAAGUACAAAAUCAUAUCAUUAAGGAAUUAAUCAAAAGUCAUAGAAAUUUCAAUCUCGAGAUAUGUAGAGAAUUUGAAGAACUUGAGAGGAAAGCCUUAAAUAUUCCAGAAAACACCAAAGAUUUGCAGGAAUUGGGAAAAUUUAUGAUUCAUGCAACGACGAAUUUAGUCGCUCAACUCAAUGAAAAAGUAUCCCUUUCAUUAUUUAUGAUGUCUUCAUUACUUGAAAUGACCUCCUUGGACAAAGAUCACAUUGAAUUGAAUAACACGACAGUUAAUUGGUUGCAGCGCAUUAAAAUUAUUUUCGAACAAAACAGUUCACUAUUCGAGCAGAAGAAAUUCGAACUCGAGGAAUAUCUACAAAACAAAGUCAAUUCUCUCAAUGCGAAUAUUGAAGAAAUGUUCCCAAAAUUGCAAAUAAUGGACGAUAUGGACGAUGGAGAAAGAAUAGGAGAUUAUAUUGAAUUUAUGCGAAAAUUCAUAAGAAGCCUGGACAGAAUGGACGAGCAAAUCGAGUGGAUUAAUAGCGAGGAGGGACACUUUCAAUUUCCAUUGAGUGUUUAUCCGAAAGUGAAAGAACUCAAAGAAAUUAUCCUACCGUAUUAUUCUCUUAUUUAUCGCGCCUAUCAGUGGAAAAGAGAUGAGGGAGUUUGGCUAGAUGGACCUUUCGAGUAUCUCGAUGCAAUUAGUAUCGAGAAUAGGACGACGGAAUAUUUUACAGAUUUUUCGAAAACUAGUAAGACGUACAGGACGAAGAUCAAAAUGCAUAUUGCCAUGGGAUAUCCGUACAGUUUUGCAGGAUCCGUGGAUGAUCCAGAUCCUUUUCAGCAACCUGCACCAAUGAAAUUGUGCCAUCAAUUAUUAGACGAGGUUAAAUGGUUCAAGCAAUACGUUCCACUGGCUCUUUGCUUUUGCAAUCCUGCUCUCCGUCAAAGACACUGGGAUGAAAUGUCACUAAUUGCUGGUUUCGAUUUGACUCCAAAUGCUGGAACCACACUUCGGAAAAUGAUAGCCAUGAAUCUACUCGAAAAUUUGGAGGAGUACGAGAUUAUUAGUACGAGUGGAACAAAAGAGCUUGCGUUGCAGCAACUUCUUUCGAAAAUGAUCCACGAGUGGGACGACGUAGUUUUUACCACAAUGUCCUUCAAAGAUUCUGGUGUCAAUAUUCUGACACAAUUAGAUGACAUUGUUGCUUUAUUGGAAGAACAUAUCGUCAAAGUUCAAGCAAUGAGAGGAUCGGCUUUUGUAAAACCAAUCGAGGAGGAAGUGAAAAUCUUUUACGAAUUGCUUUUGAGAAUACAAAGAACUAUCGAAGAAUGGACAAAGGUGCAAGUUCAAUGGAUGUAUCUUCUGCCGAUUUUCUCCAGUAAAGAUAUUGUUGCGCAACUACCGGAAGAAGGAAUUUUGUUCUCGGAAGUUGAUUCAAUGUUUCGUAAGGCAAUGAAUGGAGUCUUCAGAGAGCCGAGAGUUAAAAACACCGCAGGCUCUUUGGGUCUCUACGAGAGUAUGAAAGACGCCAAUGAAAUAAUGGAGAAAGUACAAGAAGGAGUAGUAAAUUACCUCGAAAAGAAGAGACUAUAUUUCCCUCGAUUCUUUUUCCUUAGUAAUGAUGAUAUGUUGGAGAUUCUCUCCGAAACAAAGGAUCCCCUUCGAGUGCAGCCUCAUUUGAAAAAGUGCUUCGAGGGAAUAGCAAAACUCGGGUUCAAUGAAAGUUUGGAAAUUUUCUCCAUGUUUAGUGACGAUAAAGAAGAGGUGAAAUUCGAAAAUAUUAUUUCAACAACGGCAGCUCGAGGUUGCGUUGAAAAGUGGCUUGUGCAGGUGGAAGAGCAAAUGGUCAAAUCAAUAAGACACGAAGUUUUAAUGAGCUAUCGAGACUAUGAAAUAAACGAAAGAGUUUCCUGGGUUUUACUUUGGCCUGGAAUGGUUGUUCUUUGUGUCUCACAAAUUUAUUGGUGUAUCGACGUUCAAAAUUCUUUGAUUACUCACAUGAAAUCUGUUUUGGAAUCUCUUUACGAUAAAUUGAGGAGGCAGAUUUUUGACAUGGUCAAUAUUGUGAAAGGACGUUUGUCGAAGCAGAACAGAACGACUUUGAAUGCAUUGAUAACAAUCGAUGUACACGCCUAUGAUGUGGUAAAAUUAUUGAUCGAUAAAAAUGUGACAAGUGAAACUGAUUUUGAAUGGUUGGCGCAAUUACGAUAUUAUUGGGAAGACGACGUUUUCGUGAGAAUCAUAAACGCUACUGUUUCGUAUGCUUACGAAUAUUUGGGAAAUUGUCCCCGUUUAGUGAUAACUCCUUUAACAGACAGGUGUUAUCGAACAUUGAUUGGAGCGUAUUCUCUGCACCUGAACGGAGCGCCUGAAGGACCGGCAGGAACGGGAAAAACCGAGACAGUCAAGGACCUCGCUAGAGCACUGGCGAUUCAGUGCGUCGUUUUCAAUUGUUCAGAAGGUCUCGAUUACAAGAAUAUGGGAAAAUUCUUCAAAGGACUCGCAUCUUGCGGAGCUUGGGCCUGUUUCGAUGAAUUCAAUCGAAUUGAACUCGAAGUAUUGUCAGUGGUAGCUCAACAAAUUCUCUGCAUCAUUCAAGCGGUUCGAGGGAAUUUCGAGAAAUUUAUCUUCGAAGGCACCGAAUUGACGCUCAAUCCUGCGGUCUACGUGUGCAUUACAAUGAAUCCGGGUUAUGCCGGUAGAUCCGAGCUGCCGGAUAAUUUGAAAGUACUUUUCAGAACUGUCGCGAUGAUGGUUCCGGAUUACGCGAUGAUUGGAGAAAUAUUUCUCUACUCGUCAGGUUUCACGAAUGCAAGAGUCCUGUCGGUAAAAAUUGUCACGACCUACAAACUCUGCUCGGAGCAACUUUCAUCACAGUCGCACUACGAUUACGGAAUGCGAGCCGUGAAGACAGUUUUAAUAGCAGCUCAGAAUAUGAAACUAAAAUAUCCGAAUGAGGACGAAAUGAUUCUGAUGCUAAGAUCCAUAAUCGAUGUUAAUUUACCGAAAUUUCUAGCUCAUGAUGUUCCGCUCUUCGAAGGGAUAAUUUCGGAUUUAUUUCCUGAUACAGCGUUACCGACUCCUGAUUAUGAGGUACUUUUGAAAGCCAUUGAGGAGGUGAUGAGAAGAAGAAAUCUACAACCAGUGGACGGAUUUUUGUUGAAAAUUAUUCAAGUCUUCGAGAUGAUGAUCGUGAGACAUGGAUUUAUGCUAGUCGGUGAUCCUUGUGGAGGAAAGACGACUUGUUUGAGAACUCUCGCGGAGACGUUGACUUUGAUGCAGGAAUGGGGUGACGAGAAUGGAGCGAAAACGAAAUUUUUUACUAUGAAUCCGAAAGCAAUUACGAUGGGUCAACUUUAUGGACAAUUCGAUCCUGUGUCUUCGGAAUGGACGGAUGGAAUUUGUGCGGUAGCGUUUCGUGACUACUGCUCGGAGGAGAGUGUGGACAGAAAAUGGUUGAUCUUUGAUGGACCGGUCGAUGCGGUUUGGAUUGAAAAUUUGAACACAGUUCUGGACGAUAAUAAAAAAUUGUGUCUCACCUCAGGAGAAGUGAUGCAGAUGACAAACGUAAUGUCCAUGAUAUUUGAGGCAAUGGACCUCCUGCAGGCGUCUCCCGCCACUGUCUCACGCUGCGGAAUGAUUUACAUGGAACCUCACAUUUUAGGCUGGCGACCUUACGCUAAAUCUUGGAUCAAAAAUAUUGAUAAUCGCUGGAGAGAAGGUCACGAAGAAUUUCUUACCGAAAUUCUCGAAUGGCUCAUCGAUCCCUGUUUGGAAUUCACUCGAAAAAAAUGUCGACUAACAGUCACAGCUGGUCAAAUUAAUCAAGUAAUAUCAACUCUGAAUUUAUUGGAAAUGUACAUGAAGGACGCAAUAGACGAGGCUCAACAAGAAUACGAAGAUUACAUCAUCUCCUGGAUUCAAGCUUCCACCCUCUUGGCAAUUGUUUGGGGAAUCGGCGGAACUCUAGAUUCAGAUUCCCGCGACGCUUUCAAUGAAUACUUUCUAUCUUUCUGGAAAAACGAACAACCCGGAUUUUCUCCCCCAGGAAAAAUAUCGGAAGCAUUAAUCUCAUUGCCGUCCGAUGGUAUAAUUCACGACAACUAUUACCUGUUCAAAGGAAAGGGAGCUUGGAAAAAUUAUGCCGAUUUGGCAAAAAUUGAAAAACUUGUCGAAACUCAGAGUAUGAGUCAAAUGGUGGUGCCAACUAUCGAUACCAUGAAGUAUCAGAAUUUAUUUUUGAGACACAUAAAGAGUAGGAAGAGAUUUCUCUUGUAUGGCGAAACGGGAACUGGAAAGACAUUUUACAUUCAGGAUUUGAUGAUGAAUAAAUUGGAGGAGGAGAAAUAUCUUUCGAAUUUUAUAACGUUUACGCCAAAAACAACGGCUGCACAAACUCAGGAAUUGGUGCUUUCCAAACUUUUUAAGAGGAGGAAAGGACACUAUGGACCAAUGGGAGGAAGUUAUUGUUUGGUGUUCAUUGACGAUGUUAAUAUGCCUAGUAAGGAGGUCUAUGGUGCGCAGCCUCCCAUUGAAUUGCUCAGGCAAUUUUUCGAUCAUGAACAAUGGUUUGAUUUGAAAGAACCAUUUGCGAUUCAACUCUACGACCUAAUGUUCAUGUGCGCAAUGGCGCCACCAGGAGGCAGUCGGCAAGAGAUCUAUCACAGAUUUCUGAGACAUUUCAAUUUGUAUUCAAUCAACAAUUUCUCGAGGGAGAGUAUUUUCAAAAUAUUCACCAGCGUGGCUCUAAUCGGACUGAAAAGAAACGGCUUUGCGACAGACAUUAUCACGACGGUGAAUAGCGUCAUAAAUGCAACAAUUUCAGUCUUCAACAGCGCAAUCAGUGAUCUCAGACCAACGCCAGCCAAGUCGCAUUAUCUAUUCAAUCUAAGAGAUUUUGCUAGAGUCGUCACUGGUUGCACGAUGAUCAAGAAGGAAUCGGCUGAGACGAAAACAGUGUUUACUCGACUCUGGGUACACGAGAUUUUGCGCGUUUUUGGCGAUCGUCUCAUAGACACGAGCGAUCGAGUUUGGCUUUUUGAAAAAUUGAAAGACACAGUUCUUGGGGUUUUUAAGGAAUCGUUUGAUUAUGUUUUUGACGAUUUGCCUAAAUUUGGUGAUCAAUUGACUGAAGAGAGUAUGAAGAGUUUGAUAUUUGGUGACUUUAUGGAUGUUGAUGCGAUACCGGAGGACAGAAAGUAUGAGGAAAUUGUGUCGAUGGAGGAGUAUAAAAAUGUGGCUCUGUCUUGUUUGGAGGAUUAUAAUAAUACUCAUAGGAAUAAAAUGAAUAUUGUUCUGUUUCGAUAUGCACUGGAGCAUCUUGCUCGGAUUUGUAGGAUUAUUGCAACUCCUGUCGGAAGUUUGCUGAUGGUGGGCGUUGGUGGAUCUGGAAGACAAUCUUUGACGAGACUCGCAGCAAGUAUGGCUGGUUACGCACUAUUUCAACCGGAAAUAGGCAGUGCCUACGGUGUCAAUGAAUGGCGAGAUGAUCUAAAGAAGGUUUUGAAAAAUUCCGGAGGAACGGGAAAAGAUUUGGUAUUUCUCUUCACCGAGGGUCAAAUUAAGGAAGAAGUAUUUUUGAGCGACAUCGAUAGUCUUCUGAAUUCCGGAGAAGUGCCGAAUCUUUUCUCAGUGGAAGAGAAACAGGAAAUUAUUGAAAUGACAAGAUUGGCGGCUCAAGGAGGAAAUCGAAAUUUGGACAUAUCGAUAAUGUCGGUACUGGGAUUUUUCGUAAAUCGCUGUCGAGAGAAACUGCAUCUUAUGAUUUGCUUCAGUCCCGUUGGAGAAUCAUUUCGAACUAGAUUGCGACUCUAUCCGAGUUUAGUUAAUUGUUGUACAAUCGAUUGGUUCGAAAUAUGGCCCGAGGAUGCAUUAGAGCAAGUUGCUGUUAGAUUCAUAACGGAUUUGAACGUUACGGAGAGUGUGAAGACAAAUGCUGUUGUUGCUUGUAAAUAUUUUCAUAUCUGCGCAAAGGAUAUUAGUACUCGAUUUUAUGAAGCGUCGGGGAGAAAAACUUACAUCACUUCGGCUGCUUUUUUGGAUCUGAUCAAAGCUUACAGGGAUUUGACGAAUUUGAAACAAGAGGAACUGAUUCUCGCCAGAGAUCGGUAUUUGAAUGGUUUGGACAAACUGGAUUACGCUGCGCAACAAAUUGAGAAAAUGAAAAAGACCCUUUCAGCCUUAAGACCUGAACUGGAAAAUUCGGCCAAGUUGACGACAGUGACGAUGAAGAAAAUCGAAAGUGAGAAUAUUGCGGUUGAAAAGGCGACAAUUUUGGUGAAGAAAGAUGAAGUUGUGGCGAAUGAACAGGCAGAGAUUGCAGGAGCUCUGAAAGCAGAAUGUGAAGCUGAUUUGGCAGAGGCUUUGCCAAUUCUCGAGGAAGCGAUAGCUGCUUUAAAUACAUUAAAACCUGCGGACAUAACAUUGGUGAAGUCGAUGAAGAAUCCUCCUCAGGGAGUUAAACUCGUCAUGGCGGCGGUUUGUGUCAUGCUGAAUGUUCCUGCAGACAGAUUGACCGAUCCAACAAGUGGCAGAAUUGUUCUAGACUAUUGGGGUCCGAGUAAACGAAUUCUCAACGAUAUUGAAUUUUUGCACUAUUUACGAGAUUACGAUAAGGACAAUAUUCCCAUUCAAACCAUGCAGGUAAUAAAACGUGUUUAUCUAAAGGAUAAAAACUUCGAGCCUCGCAUAGUUGCAAAAGCUUCUUCAGCCGCCGAGGGUCUCUGCAAAUGGGUGCGAGCCAUGGUUCUGUACGAUAAAGUCGCGAAAGUUGUUGCUCCAAAAAGGGAGAAACUCGCGGAGGCAGAAAAAUCAUUUCAGAAUGUUAUGAAUAUUCUAAACGAGAAACGACAAGCAUUGGCUGAACUAAAUGAAAAAUUAGCGGCCCUGAAUGUCAGCCUUCAAAAUAUUCUAGCGAAGAAAAUAGAUCUUGAAAACCAGGUGACAAAUUGUAAAAAUAAGCUAAUGCGAGCUGAAAAAUUAAUAAGUGGCUUAGGAGGAGAAAAAGAACGUUGGAUCCUAUGCGCAGAAAAUCUCCAAAAAUCAUUCGAUACUUUACCAGGCGAUAUUCUAAUUUCCUGCGGUAUGAUCGCCUAUUUGGGACCAUUCACAACAGCCUAUCGAGUAGAAAACAUCGAAAAGUGGAGGAACUACGUAAAAGGCUUAAAAAUACCCUGCUCGGAUGAAUACAACUUCAUUGAAGUUCUAGGCUCCGAAAUAAAGAUAAAUUCCUGGAAUAUCUUUGGAUUGCCACGUGAUUCAUUCUCAACCGAAAAUGCAAUUAUAAUGGACAAUUCAAUGCGAUGGAGUCUUUUCGUUGAUCCUCAGAGUCAAGCCAACAAGUGGAUUCGGCACAUGGAGAAGGCGAGUGAACUGGAAGUUGUUAAAUUAACAGAUUCUAACUACAUGGACAUUAUAGAAACCUGCAUUGAAUAUGGAAAGCCGGUUUUAAUCGAAAAUAUCGGAGAAACACUGGACGCACCUCUCGAUCCAAUUUUGAUGAAAAAUAUUUAUAAAAUUGCGGGAACUUGGUACAUAAACUUGGGAGAGAAGAGUAUUGAGUAUAAUUUGAAAUUUCGAUUCUACAUGACAACGAAAUUACGAAAUCCUCACUAUUUACCGGAAGUUUAUAAUAAAGUGACGUUGAUUAAUUUCGCGUUGACUAUCGAAGGACUGGAGGAUCAAUUAUUGGGUAUUGUGGUGGCGAAAGAGAGACCUGAUCUUCAGGAGAAACGGGAGUAUUUGAUAGUGCAAAGUGCUGCGAAUAAGAAGGCACUCAAGCAAGUUGAGGAUCAUAUUUUGAAAACUUUGUCUGUCUCGGGUGCGAGUAUUUUGGAGGACGAGGAAGCAAUUGAAAUUUUGGAUUCUUCGAAAAUUCUUUCCAUUGAUAUUCUUAAGAAACAAGAAUCGGCGAAAGAAACUGAGGCUAAGAUUGAAAACUUCAGACAGAGUUACAGACCAAUUGCGAAAUAUGUGUCUUCGUUGUAUUAUACUAUCACAGAUUUGCCGAAUAUUGAUCCUAUGUAUCAGUAUUCUUUAGCUUGGUUUAUUAAUCUUUAUGUUUUGUCGAUUGACACUGCCAGCAAGAGCAAAAUUCUAGAGAGAAGAUUAUAUUUUUUGAGAGAGGCCUUCACUUACAGUCUGUAUCAAAACGUCUGUCGUUCCUUGUUCGAAAAAGACAAGUUGUUGUACUCGUUCGUUUUAUGCACAACUAUUCUUCUGGCAAACGAAGAAAUUAAUAGAGAUGAAAUUAUGUUCUUCCUGACCGGAGGAAUAGCACUGGGAAAUGAAUUAGAAAAUCCAGCAUCCAGUUGGCUGUCUGAUAAAUCUUGGGAUGAAAUAUGUCGCGUUGGUUCUUUGAAAUCUUUCACAAAUUUCAUGGACAGCUUCAAAAAGAAUACAAGCCUUUGGCAGAAAUUUUACGAUUUGAUGAAUCCACAAAAUUCUCCUCUACCAGAACCUUGGGAGAAAAAUCUGACCAUGUUUCAAAAAUUAAUCGUUAUGAGAUUAAUUAGACCUGACAAAGCAGUCGCAAAGGUGAUGCAAUUUGUGGAAACAGUAAUGGGAAUGAAAUUUGUAACACCACCGCCAUUUGAUCUUGUAAAGUCGUACGCGGAUUCAAAUUGCUUGAAUCCCUUGAUAUUCAUUCUUUCCCCCGGAUCAGAUCCAAUGAGUUCUCUGUCGAAUUUUGCCGACAAUAUGGAAUACACCUCGAGAUUUACUUCAAUUUCCCUAGGACAGGGUCAGGGUCCAAUUGCUCGAAAACUCAUUGAACAAGGACAAGCCGAUGGAUCGUGGGUCUGUCUUCAAAAUUGUCAUCUCGCCGUCUCGUGGAUGCCGGAACUUGAAAAAAUAUGCGAAACAUUCGACGCAAGAAAUACUUCUGUCAAUUUUCGUUUGUGGUUAACCAGCUAUCCUUCGGAUAAAUUUCCGAUUACGGUUCUACAAAAUAGUGUUAAAAUGACAAAUGAACCGCCAACUGGAUUGCAGUCGAAUUUAUUACGAUCGUACAAGUCGGAACCGGUCAAAAAUCCCGAAUUUUUCGAGGGCUGUCCUGGAAAGGAGAAAACUUUUACGAGAUUGUUGUACAGUUUGUGUUUUUUUCACGCUGUUGUGCAAGAAAGACGAAAUUAUGGAUCGCAAGGGUGGAACAUUGCAUAUGGUUUCAACGAGUCGGAUUUCCAAAUAUCUGUUCAACAACUUCAAAUAUUUAUCAACGAUUAUGAAGAAGUGCCCUUUAAGGCAAUUUUAUAUUUAACUGGUGAGUGUAAUUAUGGAGGGCGAGUCACUGACGACAGAGAUCGAAGAUGUAUAAAUACAAUUCUUUUGGAUUUUUACAAUACUGACGUGAUUACAAAUUCGCAGUAUACUUUUUCAAACGUUGGACCAGAAUAUGCUCUUCCUAAAAGGAACGAGUAUAAGGAUUACAUUAAACAGAUCGAAUCCAUUCCUUUCACAACUCAACCCGAAGUACUUGGACUACACAUGAAUGCUGGAAUAACAAGAGAGUUGGAUAUUUCGAAAAACUUUUUCGAUUCGAUGGUUCAAUUACAAGGAACAGUGUCAAUUGGCGAAAUUUCAAAACAAGACGAAUUGCUCCUCAAUAUAAAAAACGAUAUUUACGACAGGCUUCCAAAUUUAUUCGACAUAGAGGAGGCACAAAAAAAAUAUCCUGUCGACUAUAUGGAAUCAAUGAAUACUGUUCUGACUCAAGAAAUGGAAAGAUACAAUAUUCUUCUGUAUGAAGUCAAAAAUUCACUGGCAAUGCUCGAGAAGGCAGUUAGAGGACUGAUAGUGAUGACUCCUGCUCUAGAGACACUUUCCUCUUACAUGUUGAAUUCAAAACUUCCUCCAACUUGGGCGAAAGCAAGUUCAUAUCCAAGUUUGAAACCUCUUCCGAGUUUUAUCAAUGACUUUCUCGAGCGACUUAAUUUUAUUUCGAAAUGGCUGGAAAAUGGAAAACCAUCUACUUUCUGGAUAUCUGGUUUUUCGUUUGUACACUCUUUCUUAACGGGUGCCACACAAAAUUUUGCGAGGAAAUACAAGAUACCUAUCGAUCGAAUUGGCUUCGAGUUUCAAGUACUGUCAAAAUUUGAAUCGAAAACUGCGCCAGCAGAUGGUGUUUACACCUACGGUAUGUUUCUUGUUGGGGCGAGAUGGGAUCUUGAGAAAAUGAAACUCACGGAGAGUAUUCCAAAAGUUCUUUGGGACGAAAUGCCUUUAGUUUGGUUCAAGCCUAUGGAAACAAUGAAUAUUCAAAUUCGGGAACGAUACGAGUGUCCGUUAUACAUAACUUCAGCUCGAUUUGGUGUUUUAAAGACUACCGGUCAUUCUUCUAAUUAUGUUCUGUCGAUUUUGCUAGAUACUGAUUUAGACGUAAGGCAUUGGAUAAAAAGGGGUCUUGCACUUUUAUGUCAACUUGAUGAUUAAAAAUUGAUUUAAAUUUAAUAGAUGAAUAUUAAAAGAUUAAUUUUAAUGGAUAAAUAUUAAAAGAUUGAUUUUAAUAGAUAAAUAUUAAAUACUUCAUUUACUUUUUAUUAUUCAAUCUUCGUUUUCUUUAAAUAUUUCGAAAGUCGUGCUACAAAAGUGCAGAAUAGAAAGGAAAUGGUAAAAAUUUUCGGAAAUGCCCACAAUUUUCAUCUUUUUCCAAAAAAAACGGGCCAA